CCUCCUGUAUGCAUCAGUGACGUUCUUCUUCAUUGCCUUCAGAGCGGGAACAGCACAACAUGACUGAUCCAGUUUGCAUUCUUCACCCUGCAGGAGUCUACAAUGCUGUCCAGUGAUGGACUGUCCUUCAGGACCUGCAAUGUUUUAAUGUGUCUGAUACUGACUUUUGAAGAACAACCAGACUAAAGGAUGUUGCCCAGUGACAGACUGUCCUUCAUAACUCUUCUAAUACUGACUUUUAAAGUUUGCGUUGCAGAGCAGUCAGAGUUGAUUUGUUCACAUCAACCAAUCGUAGCCCUGGCUGGUGAUGAUGUCAUUCUACCAUGUUACCUUGAUCCUCCAAUCAGUGCCAGUUUUGAGACAGUGGUGUGGACCAAACCUGGUUUAGACCCAGAGUACAUCCAUUUUCACCAAGAUGGACGACUGAUGUUUGAAACUCAAAAUCCAUCUUAUUUUUACCGAACGAGACUGUUUGUGGAUGAACUGCAGAAUGGAAACGUCUCCAUGAAAAUCUUCAAAGUGAAAAUCUCUGAUGCAGGAAAAUACUUUUGCUUCCUUCGAUCAAUGUUGAAGGAAGCUUCCAUCCAACUCACUGUUGGUGUCGUCUCCACUCCCAUCAUAGAGGUUGUCUCCAAUAACAGUGGAAGAGUAGUUUUACAGUGUGAGUCUAAAGGCUGGUAUCCAGAGCCUGAGGUGGUCUGGCUGGACGGUGAGGGAAACCUCCUCUCUGCUGGACCUACAGAGACAGUCAGAGGUCCUGAUGACCUCUAUACUGUCAGCAGCAGAGUGACUGUGGAGAAGAGACACAGCAACAACUUCACCUGUAGAGUCCAACAGAAGGACAUCAACCAGACCAGAGAGACACACAUCUAUGUUCCAGAUGAUUUAUUCACAGUUCAGUCGUCUUCUCUUUGGAUUUGGAUCAUCGCCAUUCUUAUUAUCAGUACUUUUGGACUACUCAAUAUUAUCCCUCUGAUAAUGGAACACACAAAGAGGCGACUGAGGAAUGAAAUUGAACUGGAGGGAGAUGUAACACAUGGUGUGAAACAGUCAACAUUAAAGGUCAAAGGAAAGCCGAAAGUCCAGAAGCAUAAUGUAAAUAUGAAUGCAGUGCAGCUCCAGCUCUUAGUGGAGGGAAAUCAGCAACAGGAGGACCAGAGAGAGCAACUGGACAGAGUUCAGAGAUCACAGUCAGAGGAAACAUCAGGAGCAGGAAAUAACACUGAAGACACUUUAAAACACAGAGAGACGCAGCGUUGAACGACGUGGACUAAAAACCUCCUGUAGUGACCGAGAACGAGGAGGAAAUCAUUGUGACACUGGAGGAUAUUCUCCAUCUUUUCCUGCUCUACCAUCACGCUGACAGAGAAUGAUGAUGUUGUUUGUCUUCCUAGUUUACAAUCUAUCCAUUGUGACUUUGUUUUCAGUCUAUGUGAGCAGGUGUUGUCUUUGAGCCAGUGAAAAGGCUGCAGACACACAGUGAAGAAGGGAGAUCUUAAUGAUGUUGGUGUCCAGUCUAAGAUAUGAGCUGUGACUGAAGAUUCCUGCUUUCAUUUCAUGGAUUGUAUCAAAGUUCCCACUUUAGCACUUUAAAAGAAUCUGAACUGUUUUGUAAAAUGUCAACAGGUUGUGUACAAAAGGCUGUGACUGUGUUUAAUAUUCAUUAUUAUCAUCAUCAUCCAUUCUCAUCUGUUAAACACAGAACUG